UAGCCAAUUAAUGCCACCCAAUAAUAGCAUUAUUUGUAUUAUGUUCUGGUAAUACAGCGGUAAACAAGGAAGACAGGGUCUCUGAUAAUUGUGGAAUUCUCCUUGAUCCCUUCUCAAGCCUCUCUUCUGGAUAUCCACUAUUUCUUGGAUCUACAGCUCUCUCCCUUCCCCACUUUGUAGUUCAGUCUCUCAUUAUCGUCUAUCUCCAAUAAAAAAGGGCCUCCUAACUAGUUUCUUAUCCAUGCAACAAUUCAGCAUAAUUCUAAAAUGCAGAUCUUUCGGGACGAUUUGCAAUUGCUCACGGAAUAAAUUAAUCGACUUCCUAUGUAAGCCUCUGCUAGACCAGGCCCCUGUCAUGAUCUCUGGGCACUCUCCAUCUUGCACCCAAAGUCCAGCAAUCUCUUACUGCUUGCAGUAAAUACACACCAGGGUAUGUGGGGUUUUGUCUGGAGAAAAGGGAUGUGAGGAUCAACUAGAUUUACAGUCAGUCUUGAAGCGAAUAGUUCAUGUCGCAGGCAGGCAAUGGAAUGCCUCAAGCUGGCUCUAAAAGUACGCCUGUUUUCCAGUCGUAAAUAAAUCACAUUUGUGUGAUCUUGUGAUCCCCUCUCUAGCACAGCCGUGCAGACGACCUACUUCCAGCCCUCUCUUGCCCCACGAAAUUUCACAUCACAAUGAAUUGUGGUUUUAAUCCUCUGUUUUUCUGCUUCUGAAGUUACUUCAGUCUGAGAAGUCCUUUACCUCCCAAUAGGCCUGGCGAGCUCUAUCCCAACGUUCAAGAUUCAGCCUAGAGCCAUCUGAGAAACUUUAUUUCCAGCUCGCCCUGGCCUCCUCUUCCCUGCGCGCUUCUCGAGUCGGGUGCGCUGUCUAGUUCAGCCGGCACGACCGCAAGAGUGGCUGGUUAUUUACUGCUCAGCUGGGCCGGUGAGCCACCCGGGAACCGGAGCCAAUGCAGACGCUCUGCACGCCCCGCUACGAGCAGCGGGAGCCCGACCUCCAGGCCGGAAGUGAAAGGGCAGGGAGUGGGUCCUCCCGGGGUCGCAGGCGCAGAGCCGCCUCUGAUCACGUGAUACGCCGAUGGUCACGGGGGCGCCGCUCACCUGACCAGGGUCCCACGUGGCCAGCCCCCUCCAAGAGGGGUGACCGGCGGGCCAUGGCGAGCUCCGGGCUUUGGUUUUCGCUGCUGCUGGCGGCAGCGUUCGUUGGGCGGGUGACGGCCCUAUGGCCCUGGCCCCAGAACAUCCAAACCUCCGACCGGAGCUACGUCCUUUACCCGAACAACUUUCAAUUCCAGUAUGAUGUCAGUUCGGCCGCGCAGCCCGGCUGCUCCGUCCUCGAUGAGGCCUUCCGACGCUAUCGGGACCUGCUUUUCGGUUCCGGGUCUUGGCCCCGUCCUUACCUCACAGGAAAACAGCAUAUCCUGGAGAAGAAUGUGUUGGUUGUCUCUGUAGUCACACCUGGAUGUAACCAGCUUCCUACUUUGGAGUCGGUGGAGAACUAUACCCUGAGCAUAAAUGAUGACCAGUGUUUACUCCUCUCUAAGACUGUCUGGGGAGCUCUCCGAGGUCUGGAGACUUUUAGCCAGCUUGUUUGGAAAUCUGCUGAGGGCACAUUCUUUAUCAACAAGACUGAGAUCGAGGACUUUCCCCGCUUUCCUCACCGAGGUUUGCUGUUGGAUACGUCUCGCCAUUACCUGCCACUCUCUAGCAUCCUGGACACUCUGGAUGUCAUGGCGUACAAUAAAUUGAACGUGUUCCACUGGCAUCUGGUAGAUGAUCCUUCCUUCCCAUAUGAGAGCUUCACUUUUCCAGAGCUCACCAGAAAGGGGUCCUACAACCCUGUCACCCACAUCUAUACAGCACAGGACGUGAAGGAGGUCAUUGAAUACGCACGGCUCCGGGGUAUCCGUGUGCUUGCAGAGUUUGACACUCCCGGCCACACUUUGUCCUGGGGACCAGGUAUCCCUGGAUUAUUGACUCCUUGCUACUCUGGGUCUGAGCCCUCUGGCACCUUUGGACCAGUGAAUCCCAGUCUCAACAAGACCUAUGACUUCAUGAGCACAUUCUUCUUGGAGGUCAGCUCUGUCUUCCCAGAUUUUUAUCUUCAUCUUGGAGGAGAUGAGGUUGAUUUCACCUGCUGGAAGUCCAACCCAGAUAUCCAGGACUUUAUGAAAAAGAAAGGCUUCGGUGAGGACUUCAAGCAGCUGGAGUCCUUCUACAUCCAGACGCUGCUGGACAUCGUCUCUUCUUAUGGCAAGGGCUAUGUGGUGUGGCAAGAGGUGUUUGAUAAUAAAGUAAAGGUUCGGCCGGACACAAUUAUACAGGUGUGGCGAGAAGAGACUCCAGUGAACUAUACGAAGGAACUGGAACUGGUCACCAAGGCCGGCUUCCGGGCCCUUCUCUCCGCUCCCUGGUACCUGAACCGUAUAUCCUACAACCCUGACUGGAAGGAGUUCUACCUAGUGGAACCCCUGGCAUUUGAAGGUACCCCUGAGCAGAAGGCUCUGGUGAUUGGUGGAGAGGCCUGUAUGUGGGGAGAAUAUGUGGACAACACAAACCUGGUCCCCAGGCUCUGGCCCAGGGCAGGGGCUGUUGCCGAAAGGCUGUGGAGCAACAAGUUGACAUCUGACCUGACAUUUGCCUAUGAACGUUUGUCACACUUUCGCUGUGAGUUGCUGAGGCGAGGUGUCCAGGCCCAGCCCCUCAAUGUAGGCUACUGUGAGCAGGAGUUUGAACAGACCUGAGCCCCAGGCACCAAGAAGGGUACUGGCUCUAGGAGACUGGUAGUGGAGCCAGGCUUCCACUGCAUCCUGACGGGGGGACAGCGCCCCUUGCCUGCAUGCUCCUGUACUUGGAGAGAAAGGGGCCGGAGCUGAUGCUAGCAUCCAAUAAAGAGUAAUGUGGCAUUUUUCUGUAAUAAACAUGGAUUACCUGUAUUAAAAAAAAAAAAGUGUGAGUGGCCUUAGGGUAAGGGCACAGCCAAGCUGGAGUCAGUAUCCGCCCCUGAGAUCUUAUAAGUUGAGGGCUGGAAAUGAAAUCUGUAGAGCCUCUGCUGCUCUGCCUAGGCUGUAAGCUUUGUUACUCCUCUCCCACUCCUGAACGUAUUCCAGACACCUGCCCUCAUCCUCAGCCUGCUCACUUCACUUCUGCAUUACAUCUCCAAGGCCUUGGUAUGUAGGAGAAGCUGUAGGGGCUUGGAGGCGUUCUGGACAGUGGAGAGGGCUCCAGACCCAACCUGGUCACAGAAUAGCCUCUCCCCCAUGCAUACUCAUCCACCUCCAUCCCCUAGAGCUGUUCUCCUUUGGGUUUCUUGCUGCUUCAAUUUCAUACAACCAUUAUUUAAAUAUUAUUAAACAUAUUGUUCUCUAGGCACUGGGGUAGUGGGGUUUUUUGUUAUGUUUUUGUUUUUAAGACAGAGUCUCACUGUGUCGCCCAGGCUGACAGUGCAGUAAUGCAAUCUUGGCUCACUGCAACGUCUGCCUCCCAGCUUCAAGCAAUUCUUGUGCCUCAGCCUCCUGAGUAGCUGGAAUUACAGGCGUGCAUCACCACGUUCAGCUCAUUUAUGUAUUUUUAGUUGAGAUGGGAUUUCACCAUGUUGGCCAGGCUGAUCUUGAACUCCUGACCUCAGGUGAUCCGCUCGCCUUGACCUCCCAAAGUGCUGGGACUAGGGGCAUGAGCCACCACACUGGCCUGUGGUAGUGUUGAAUUUGAAGGUCUCAGAGGCCCUGGUCAAUUCCAAAAUAACACAGGUGACUUCCAUCCCCCUCCUCCCAACCAUUCUCAGCCCAAAGUAUCUUCGCAGGGAAUGGAUAGCUGCCCUGAGACCCAAGAGCAAAGCCCCUGGAGGGUGUGGAGAUGGGCUGUGGCUCUGGAGAAUGAUUUUGCAGGUGUGGUUUUCUCUAGAAGGAAAUGUCUCAUCAUGGGCCCAGACCGCCCCCUGGUGGUUUUGUGUGCAGAGGUGACACUGCAGACCAGAGGUGGGGGCAGUAAUGGAUUGCAGUCAUUUUAGAUGAGGGUUUCCUUGGCUGUUGUUCUUUGGCUGGGCUCUGGGCUGGGGGCAACAAUGGACAGGUUCUAGGCAUUUCUUUCAGAAAGCUUCCAGUGUAGUAGAUACAGAAACUUGGGGAAGGCAGGGCUGAGAAGGAUCUGAGUAAAACUUGGUCCUUCAACACUGUCCUACAGCCCCGGGGCCAUGUUCCUUUGGGGUCCUUGUGGGAGGUAGACCAGCCCAGCCUUGUGCUGUUCUUGUAAGGACAGGGUGGCCAUUUUCUGCUAGCAGAAUUCUCUCGGAAUUUUCACACAGCCCAGCCUAGCCAAGUCCAGGGCUAUGGCCAAGAUAUACAUAAGUUAAGGCCCCAGCACUGGCACCUACCACAGGAGCCCCCCUACCUCUGUUACCCGGAAGCUUGUAGGAAGGGUGGUCCCCAGAAAAGGACCCAGCAGAAAUGCAACCCUGCUUCCGUCCUGGUCAUAACUUUCAUGUUACUAUUGCUUGGGUUAAUGUUAUAAAAACAGCAGAUACUGAGUUGUAAGUCUCAAGUGGAUGAAAGCAGAGAUCAUGAAACACUUGAGUUAAAGAAGUAAGAUCCUGUCAUUUUUCUAAUCAUGUUAUAAACAUUUUCUUUAAUGUUUUUACCGCUUUCUUUAUUAUUUUUACUACUAAAUUAACAUGGCCUGGUCACAAACUUCAUUGGUAGGAUGUGCUGUUCCUCACCCUCCACUGUGUCUCCUUUGGUCCAUUGAUCACGAGAGCAUUUACCUGAUAGUUGUUAGACCUCAAAUGCCAACGGGUCAGAGGCAGUGGCCUGCAGUUUCCUCCCAGUCUGCUCCAGUGCACAGAAUCGCCGUUUCCCUAACUGACCUCCUUUCACCUGGGCUGUAAAUUGAGAGUCCCACCCAGAUCAGGACACAGGCUGUCUUGUGUUCUGUGCACCACCAGGGGGCAGGGGAGUUCUCAGACUGAUUUCCUGGCUCCAGUCGCUGUCCCCCACCCACUACCACCCCUUCCCGUUCCAGGAGUCUGCUAAGGAGGCAAAGCAGGCCUAAUGGGUAUAAAAGCAAAGGAGUAAAUGGAGACUGGGAGAAUCUUCAACCUCCCCUGUCCUUGGUAGGUGCUGAGGCUGCAUGUUAGGUACCGUCCCUUCUAGGAAUCUAGUAAAGCUAUGUUGCUGGUGUUCCAGGCGUGUCUCAAUGGAUUAUUGUAGGAAUAGAAUGUCAGGCUGUGAGAGCACAGGUGCCACCACAGCAUAGUGAUGGAGAGCCAUUGCCCCUAGACUUCUGGGACAGCGAGACCGUGAGGAAAGCUGAAAUGAUAGUGGGAAAGGGUGAAAUAAAGGAUAUAGGAUGAAUUUAUUUAGUAUUAAUCUAGAUACACAUGCCUUAUGGCAGCAUACCCAGCAAUGCAAAAUCUAGAUUUGUAUAGUUUUUAUCAAUAUCUUUUGUAAGCUUAAUGAAUACAGGUCAUGACAAGUAUGUGUCUCUUUUUUUUCAUGAAGAGAAAAAAUAAGUAGGAAUUGGGUGCUUUGUUUAUCAAAAUUAUUCUGUAUUUCUUUUAUAAAUAAAUAAAGUUUGAAAUAAACUCUAA